CGUCACAUCAUGGCGCGCUACCUCCUGUCUCAAAGCUGCAUGUUUCGCUUUAUUCACGCACACACGAGCGGUCAGCGGCUCAGCAGCAGAAGAUGUUGUGGAUUUACUGACUCGAAUCCUAAUGUGACACACGACAGACAGAAUCAGCGUUUCACAAUCAAUCUAAACCGCGACGGUGCGGUGAGGUGUGCGGUGCUGAAAUACACCGUCAGACAUGAUCAGCAGCUGGAACUGCUGUCUACUGAAGUCCCUCAAUCUCACAGGGGUAAAGGUGUAGCAGCACAUCUGGCCAAGGCUGCUCUGGAUUUCAUUGUUGAAGAAAAUCUGAAAGCGAGGAUAUCCUGCUGGUACAUCAGAAAAUACGUGAAUGAAAAUCCACAUCUUGGAUAUCGGGCAUAUAUUGAAGAUGAAUAAAAUCUAUAACCAAUUCCUCAUCACU